AGGCAGAGGGUUAACCGGUGCAUUCCCCCUCGCAGCCCCCCCAGGGUCGGGGGCCUGGGAUAUGUGACCUGUGUAAUGGGGACAGCUGCUCCGGCCCCCCCGCCUGAUCCCCGGCCUCCGCACUCACCGCACAUGUGCUGUCACUCAGCCAGGCUCCAGUUUUAUUUUAGCUCCGCUCCAGCGCCUGGUUCCCACUCCCAGCCCCUCAGUCCCUGCCCGCGGCACCGACCAGCCCCGCGGCCGCCCCGCCAUGGACAGCGCUCUCCUGCUCGCCCUCUGCCUCCUGCCGCCCCUCUGGGCUCAGGGCCCCGACCCAUCCGGUGCAGCACCCGCGGCCCCGGUCCUGCGCCCGUGGCGGCCGGAGGGGCCCCGGCGAGUGAAGGGGGCCUGGGUGAUCCCCCCCAUCAGCGUCUCCGAGAACCACAAGCGCAUCCCCCACCUCCUGGUGCAGAUCAAGUCGGACAAGCAGCAGCCCGGGGGCGUCAUCUACAGCAUCAAGGGGCCGGGGGUGGACGAGGAGCCGCUGGGCAUCUUCUCCAUCGACAAGCUCAGCGGGAAGGUCUUCCUCAACACCGUGCUGGACCGGGAGCAGAACGAGCGCUUCCGCCUGAAGGCCUACGCGCUGGACCUGGGGGGCAAGACGCUGGAGGACCCCACUGACCUGGAGAUCAUCGUGGUGGACCAGAACGACAACCGGCCCCUCUUCCGGCAGGAGGUGUUCACGGGGCACGUGAUGGAGGGCGCUGAGCCAGGUACCCUGGUGAUGACGGCAGAGGCCACGGAUGCCGACGACCCCAACACGGACAACGCGGUGCUGCAGUUCUCCAUCCUGGAGCCAGCCACCGGUGCCUUCCACAUCAACGAGACCACGGGCGAGAUCCGCACCGCCCAGGCCGGGCUGGACCGAGAGGCAGUGGCCGUGUACAACCUGACGCUCCAAGUAGCCGACAUGUCCGGGGACGGCCUCACCACCACGGCCGCCGCGGUCAUCCACGUGGACGACAUCAACGACAACCCGCCCGAGUUCACGGAGGACGAGUUCUCCCUGGAGGUGGCGGAGGGCGCGCGGGGGGCCGAGGUGGGCCGCGUGCUGGUGCACGACAAGGACCUGCCCGGCUCCCCCAACUGGCUGGCGCGCUUCACCAUCCUGGAGGGCGACCCCGAGGGCGUCUUCGCCAUCCGCACCGACCCCCGCACCAAUGACGGCGUCCUCUCCACCGCCAAGGCACUGGACCACGAAGUCCGGGACCGCUUCGAGCUCACGGUCUCGGUGCAGAACCAGCAGGUGCUGGACCCCACGGCCCCGCAGAGCGCCCGGGCCCUGGCCACGGUGCACGUGCACGUGCGAGAUGUCAACGAGGCGCCCGUCUUCCCGGAGAACCCGCGCUUGGUGAGCGUGGCCGAGGGGGCGCCGCCUGGCACCGAGGUCACCGUUUACCGCGCCAGCGACCCCGACAUCCGCCAGCCCCAGGCCCUCAGCUACUCCCUGGCCUACGACCCAGCAGCCUGGCUGCGGGUGGAGCCGGGCUCCGGGCGGGUGCUGACCACGCGGGAACUGCCACGGCUCUCGGCCUUCCUGCAGGGAGGCCUCUACACGGCCCUCGUCCUGGCCAGCGACGAUGGCGAGCCCCCGCUCACGGCCACGGGGACCCUCUCCAUCGAGAUCUGGGAGGUCAACGACCACGCGCCCGUCCUGACCCCGCUGGCGGGCGGCGUGUGCAGCCAGCCGGGCCGGGGCCGGCCCCUGCUGCUCAGCGCUACCGACGAGGACCUGUCGCCCCACGCCGAGCCCUUCAACUUCAGCCUGGGCCACGGAGACCCCCAGCUCGCCCGCAACUGGACCCUCAGCCGCGUCAACAAGACCCACGCGGCGCUGAGGCUGCUGGCGGAGGUGGCCGAGGGGCUCUACGUGCUGCCCGUGCUGGUCCGCGACUCGGGGAUACCACCGCAGGAGCGGAAGCAGGCGCUCAACGUGUCCGUGUGCCUCUGCGGGGACGGCGGUGCCUGCUGGGACGGGACGACGGCUGCCUCCGCGGUGGGUGCCGGCCUCAGCUUCGAGGCCCUCAUGAUCGUCCUGGGCACCAUCAUCCUGCUGCUGCUGCUGGUCCUGCUGGCAGCCGUCGGGGAGCGGUGCCGGCGGCGCGCGCUGCGCAAGCUGCUGCUGGCGGGGUCGCAGGACGACCUGCGGGACAACAUCCUCAACUACGACGAGCAGGGCGGCGGCGAGGAGGACCAGGACGCCUAUGACCUCAACCAGCUGCGCCACCCCGAGCUGUUCCCGCCGCCGUCGCCGCGGGGCAAGCAGCCGCUCCGCAGGGACGCACCGUACAGCUACGGCUCCCCGCCGUACCCCCGGCGCCUGCCCGCCGGCCCCUCUGACAUUGAGGACUUCAUCAACGAGGGGCUGGACGCGGCCGACAGCGACCCCAGCGUGCCUCCCUACGACACGGCUCUCAUCUACGACUACGAGGGCUCGGGCUCCGUGGCCGGGACGCUCAGCUCCAUCGUCUCCAGCCUGGAGGACGGCGACCAGGACUACGACUACCUCAACGAGUGGGGGCCGCGCUUCCGGCGCCUGGCGGACCUGUACGGGCAGUAGGGGCGGCCGGGGCGCUGCGCCAGGCUGCACCGCUCCAGUGUCCAGCACGGGCGCCUGCGGCACAGGGGGACUUUGCUUUCAGCGACACACGUGCACUAGGGUUUUCCCAGCUUUUAACCCUAAACCUGUAAGUUUUUGCACAGGGGAGAAGACCCCCAAACCCCUGUCGCACGGGACAGCGGCCCCCUGCCCUGGCCUAGCCCCCCCAGCCCGGCUGGGAGAAAGCACCGGUGCAGCGCAGCGGAGGCUCAGGCCGGGUCCCUGCUCCUGGCUGCAGCCCGUAGCCCAUGGAGCGAUACAGGGCAGGGCGCUUCCUUGCAGAGGCAGAGCAAGGCGGGAGGGAAGGGGAUCCUUUACCCAUGGCGGAGGGACGUCGAGGCUGGACUUUUGCAGCAGCGAUGGAGCCAGCCUUGGGAGCGUGGGCCAGAGCCUGAGAGCACAGAAGCCGAGGCAGGGGCCCAGACAGCAGCCAAGCAAGCAGCACCAGGCUGGGGGCAGCAGGAGAGGACAAGGGCCCAGGCAGGCACCAGCCAGCAAGGGGCACCACUAAGGCAGGGAAGGGGACUUGGAGCCUGGAGAAAGGAGCCAAGACCACCGCAGGCAGCCCUAGCCCUGUGGGGGCAGGCCCAGGGGGUGAGGACCGCGUCCGUGCACCCAGGCCAGGGGAAGGGCCCCGGCGGCUGGGAGAAAUAAAGCAGAGCCAAGG